AUGGAGGACAGAGCAGGGCGCGCUUGGCGCUGGGCAGCAGGGCGCGCUUGGCGCUGGGCAGCGGGGCGCGCUGGCGCGCUGGGCAGCGGGGCGCGCUGGCGCGCUGGGCAGCGGGGCGCGCUGGCGCGCUGGGGAGCGGGGCGCGCUGGCGCGCUGGGCAGCGGGGCGCGCUGGCGCGCUGGGCAGCGGGGCGCGCUGGCGCGCUGGGCAGCGGGGCGCGCUGGCGCGCUGGGCAGCGGGGCGCGCUGGCGCGCUGGGCAGCGGGGCGCGCUGGCGCGCUGGGCAGCGGGGCGCGCUGGCGCGCUGGGCAGCGGGGCGCGCUGGCGCCUUGGGCAGCGGGGCGCGCUGGGCAGCGGGGCGCGCUGA